UCAAUCCAGAGGCAUCCUCCGCGUUACCGGGGAAUCUUACGUACAGUCUUCUAAAGUCGGAGAUGUGCACAAAAAUGAUAGCGCAUUUUAACUAAUGGGACUUUAUCAAUGCCAGGAAAUAAACGAUGAUUUGAUUUUAUAGUUGAAAUUCCGUUUAGAAAACAUUAUAGUCUGCUCUGUUCACUUAAGGAAAUCAGAUAAACUAAAAAAAAACACAGCAAACAACCGAAAAUGUCGGAUAGGUCGUUGACAGUUGUUGUUGAAGAGGUAGAAGUUCAGGACACUGAGAUGACCGCUUGGAUACGUGCGAACUCUGCCCGGCCGGUGAGUUUGGAGCGCUUCUCGCUGGAUGGAGAUACGUCUGACGGACAAGCUAGCCACGGGGCCUCACGGGACACCGGCUCCGAUCAUCGGAUUCGGAGACCAAUGAACGCGUUCAUGGUUUGGGCAAAAGAUGAACGCAAGAGGCUCGCUGUGCAGAAUCCUGACCUCCAUAAUGCGGAGCUCAGCAAGAUGCUUGGGAAGGCCUGGAAGGGCUUGUCUGUGUUGCAGAAGAGCGCAUUUGUGGAGGAGGCUGAGAGGCUCAGGGUGCAACACAUGCAGGACUACCCCAACUACAAGUACCGCCCCCGCAGGAGGAAACAGCUCAAACGCACCUGCAUCCCCCCCACAGCUUUGCCUGGCCCCGCCCUCCCCACCAUUGCAACCUUCCGGAAUCCUCUGUCCUCCGCUGCCACCUGCGACUCCUACCCCUACGGCCUGCCCACUCACCCAGAGAUAUCACCAUUGGACACCGUGGACCAUAGCCACUCCCCCUUCUACUCGUGCCCCUCCCCCUGUCCAGAGGUCCGAAACCCCGCCCAUUUUAGGGCUCUGCCUCCCUACCCUACUGAAAGUUCCCUGCACUGUGAUGGGACACGCCUCUGUCAGAUCUCCCAAAGUGAGCCACACACCCGCCUGCCCCUGGGUGCGCCCUCGCCCCCUCCGGGGCACAGGGAUUUGGGGGGGCUGGACUCCCUGGUCCAUGCCCAGCUCCUGGGCGAGGUGGACCGGGAUGAGUUUGACCAGUACCUGCAUUCCCUGGAAGCCUACUCCACACCCUCUAGCUCCUGUUCCAGCAGCACCAUGGAAACCAGCCUCAUCUCUGUGCUGGCAAAUGCCACAGCAACAUGCUACAACUACAACCUCUCCUAAACCUGGCCUACUACAACUACAGCCUCUCCUAAACCCGGCCUACUACAAUUACAGCCUCUCCUAAACCCGGCGUACUACAACUACAGCCUCUCCUAAACCCGACCUACUACAAUUACAGCCUCUCCUAAACCCGGCCUACUACAACUACAGCCUCUCCUAAGCCUGGCCUACUACAACUACAGCCUCCCCUAAACCCAGCCUAAUACAACUACAGCCUCCCCUAAAACCGGCCUACUAAAAUUACAGCCUCUCCUAAACCUGGCCUACUACAGCCUCUCCUAUACCCGGCCUACUACAACUACAGCCUCUCCUAAGCCUGGCCUACUACAACUACAGCCUCCCCUAAGCCCACCCUACUACAACUACAGCCUCCCCUAAAACCUGCCUACUACAACUACAGCCUCUC